AUGGUACGCAGACGAGAUGGAUCGGGCAUUGAGUUGCGAAAGCCGCCAAUAGUCGAGGUCCCAUGCACAGCAGGCAAACCUAGAAACUAUCACGCUCGGAAAAAGAAGCCAGCUGCCAGCUCUUUGCAAACUGCCCAUGCCCAUACCACCCAGCAACACACAGCACCCCAGGGCACACCAUCAUCAUCGCACCAACCACCCCCCACUGUCAUGGCUUCAACACCUCCUGCCGUCGCUGGUGCUGCGGGGACAACGGGAAUUAUUUCGCGUCCUCACAUCCCAAUUACUGGGUGGUGUGCUCGUCUCAUGGCCUGGGUCCUGGAAUACUACUUAAUCCCAGAAACGUUUAACGCCGUCCCAUUCCGCUUUAUUUAUCUGCCAGGCAUGAAUCUCGUCGGUAGAUCCAUUGACGGGCGAGAUCACGAGUGAUGACUGACGAAGAGUAUCAUAAAAAAUGACUACCGAGCAGGAAUUUACGUAUCCCCUGCACUCUUAUAGGCAAUCUACUGUCUGGGCUCUUAUAAAGAAACGAAUG